AUGGGGUACCUCGACAAGUUUCAUAGGCCCGAGUUGACUCGCGAGUCACUCGGCCUGACCAACUGGGUGAAGUACGACAAGUACAAUCCUCACGCCGAGGGUGCGACAGACGCGAGAAAGUCAUUGGCGAACCUGGACUACUCCCCACUCCGUCGAGUAACAAUGGCAUCCUUCUUGAUGGGCGUUGCCAUCUCUAUGGGCGGUUUCAUCUUCGGUUAUGACACUGGUCAGAUUUCCGGCUUCCUAGCCAUGCCCGACUUUUUGGAAAGAUUCGGUCAACGACACAGCGACGGGACUCCCUACUUCAGCAAUGUUCGGUCAGGCCUCAUUGUAUCUUUAUUGUCGAUCGGCACCUUGAUCGGAGCUCUUGUUGCUGGGUUCGUCGCCGAUGUCAUCGGCCGGAGACUUAGCGUUACCUUUUGGUGUGUUGUCUUCUCCGUCGGUACCAUUGUCAUGAUAUCUGCAGAGCACCACUGGUAUCAGGUCAUGAUGGGCAGAUGGGUAGCAGGUCUUGGUGUCGGCGCCCUCUCACUGCUUGUGCCCAUGUACAUGGCUGAGACUUCUCCCCGCCAUAUCCGUGGCGCUCUGAUCAGUACAUACCAGCUUUUUAUCACCUUUGGUAUCUUCUUCGCUUCAUGUGUGAAUUUCGGGACCUACGAGCACCAAAGACACAAUUCCAGUUCGUGGAGAAUCCCACUCGGCCUCAACUUCCCCUGGGCUUUUAUUCUGGGUGGAGGGAUUCUCUUCUUCUCCGACACUCCGAGAUACCUAUACAGAAAGGGGCAUAAAGAGGAGGCCAAGCGGAUCAUGGAGAAAGUCUACGGCGCUCCCGCCAACCACUACGCCAUCCACGUCGAGUUGGAAGAAAUCGAGGCCAAGCUCCGCGCUGAAGCUAACAAGGAAGGGCCUCUCGCCGAAUGGUUCCACAUGUUCCGGGCCCCCAAGAUGGCAUAUCGCAUCGCACUGGGCAUGACAUUGCAGAUGUUCCAGCAGCUGACGGGCGCGAAUUACUUUUUCUACUAUGGUACUGUGAUUUUUCGAGCAACGGGAAUCAACAACUCCUUCGUCACGCAGAUGAUUCUGAACGGCAUCAACUUUGGCACGACGUUCUAUGGCCUGUACAUUGUUGAGCAUUACGGACGGCGGAAGUCUCUCAUGGUCGGAUCGCUAUGGAUGUUCAUGAUGUUCCUCAUCUUCGCCAACGUCGGCCACUUCUCGCUCGACAAGCAGGAUCCUCAGAGAACAGAGUCCAGCGGCACAGCCAUGAUUGUUAUGGCGUCUUUCUUCAUCUUCGGAUUUGCGACUACAUGGGGUCCCAUGAUUUGGACCAUCUGCGGUGAACUCUACCCGUCCCGCUACCGCGCCAAAGGCAUGGCCCUCUCGACCGCCUCUAACUGGCUGUGGAACUUUCUUCUGGCGUUCUGGACUCCUUUUAUUGUAUCAGAUAUCGACUUUUUGUACGGGUACGUCUUUGCUGGCUGCAACCUGGUUGCCAUCCCGUUGAUCUACUUCUUCGUCAUUGAGGGACAAGGCCGUACGCUCGAGGAGAUCGAUACGAUGUACAUCCUAGGAGUAAAGCCAUGGAAGAGCAGCACCUGGGUACCACCACCGCCGGAAGAAAUUGCCAAGAUCCGCCGGGAGGCCGGCACGGCCGAGGGUCUCGAUGAGGCCGGGGAGAUUGCGCCGGCUGGGGAUCGCACCAGCGACGAGAGCAACAUGGAGAAGGAGGCCGAGAAAGAGGCCGAGCAUCAUGCCUGA